AAACAAGAUUGCAUAAGCCAUGCAUUCAAUUUUAUUACUGUGGUGGUGUGGAGGCCGCAUAAACAUGGCUCUACGAUUGUUAUCUUCGCCACUUCUUGGACACUGGUUUAGUAAUCGACUAUUUCUGAUAAGAUAAAGCUAGAACGAUGAGAAAUCAUAAAUAUCGAGUUCCAAUUAAUACCUAAUUCAAUACACAUCUCACCCUCCAAAAUGAAGACUUUGAUUUUAUUGUUAAGUAUUUCCUACGCAACGGCUUGGCUGGAUUUAAAUGAAUUUCCAAACUUCUACCCAUUUGAUAGAGAAUUGCAUAAAAGGGUGCUAAAUUCAGAAUUAUGUGAAAAACAGUUAAAUUAUCUGAGGGAUAACGAUAGCACACUACUUUUAAACUUUCUCGAUGCAGGGGCAAGAAUUCCAAAAGGAGUUUUUGGAGGCAAUUUUCGGGACAUGGGUAAUUUUUACCAAUGCCUCGGCAUAAGGAAGCGCGUUGAAAAUAUGGAUAUAGAAGGAAAGUACUGCACAAUAAAUAUCCCCCUCACACCCGAUAUACCAUUUGGUAUAACCGAAGUGUCACCAAAACCUCUUAAAUGGUCAACCUUAAUUGAACUCGUGACACAAAACAAACACAACUAUUUUAAUCAAUCCACGGUUGAUCAAUUCAGUGGUGCAAAAUACUUGUCAUACGCUCCUUAUGUCAUGAAAUCAACGAGUAGGUCGGCCCGAGACACGGUUCAGACCAUAGAGGUCCAAUUAGCUUUAUGUAUUCCAAAAGCUUGCACCACGAGCGAGGUUUUAAACAAAGUGGGAAACAUCACCACCUUAGGUCUUCAAUAUGAGGACAAUUUAUGCCGACUUCCCAACGACAAGCAUUGGGUGACUGCAGAUUACAUAGCCAUCGUUGUUUUUUCAACAUUUGGAUUAAUUAUAUUGUUAAGUACGACGUAUGAUUUACAUCAUAUUUUUUACUUAAAAAAAGCUUUUAAUGACAAGAAUAUGUUUCGCAUUUUUUCUGCGUUUACAAAUUUGUCUAUGUUAUGUAACUUGACAAAUAAACGUGCAUCAUUGCAAUGUCUCGAUGGUAUUCGAGCAAUCGCCAUUUUUUGGGUGAUCAUUGGACAUGCUUUUGUAGCGAGUAAUAUAACUGCGUUUAACUUCCUUGAUAUUCAAGAGUGGCUAUCUUCUAUAAAGUCGAUAUGGAUAACGGGAGCACCCAUCACAGUGGACACGUUCUUUAUGAUCAGUGGACUGCUACUGGUAUACACCAGUAUGCCUAAAUAUACGAGCCUGGGACUACUGAAAAACCUUCACGUUUUCUACUUGAGCAGAUUAUUGCGAAUGUUUCCCGUGUUGGCAUUAGCGGUUCUCUUCGAGGCAUCGCUCUAUAACAGAAUAUCAGACGGCGCAUUUUGGCAUGUCGCGGGGAAUGGCGUUCACACCUGCAGAGCUCUUUGGUGGAGCACACUGCUGCAUCUUCAGAACUUUGUUAAUCCAUUAGCAGAAUGUCUCCCAGUUACCUGGUACCUAGCAAUCGAUGUCCAGCUCCAUAUUAUUUCACCAAUAGUUCUAUUUUGGUUACUUCGAGGUAGUAAAAGAACAUCUUGGACAGCUCUCAUCAUAGGAUUCUUGGUGUCUAUAGCUAUUGCUACUACAUACAUAUUUCUAACAGAUGUCCAUAGAAAUUAUUUUGUGUAUUACUACGUAAAUGUAUUAGUCCGUUCACCACCAUUUUUCGUGGGUAUGAUAGUUGGAUACUGUCUCCGUGUUUAUAGGGAUAGAGAGCUUAAUAUUUCAACGAUUCUCAGCGCAUGUAUGACCACUAUUAGCCUUGUAUUAUUGUGCUUAGUAAUAUACGUGAACUUCUUAAAGGACUACAGUGCUCAUAGCAAAAACUGGGCUAAUAGCUCUGUCGCUAACAUAAUUGACUCAUUCACUCGAUCUAUUUGGUCUGCGGCUUUAGGUUGGAUCAUAUUUAUGUGCGUGAACGGAUAUGGUGGCCCCAUUAAUAAAUUCCUGAGCAUGGAUAUGUGGAAGAUAGCAUCUCGAAUUUCUUAUGCGAUGUAUAUAAUCCAUUUCUCAGUUAUAAAUGCAUAUUUUUCUUCUAUGGUUGAAAAUCAUUACUUUACAGUUGGGACGACCGUAUUCAUAUUCUUCUCGUGCUCGGUCGUUACAGUAGUGGUUUCGAUUCUCUUGACUGGACUCAUUGAAAUACCCUUUUCUAUACUGUUCAAGCAUAUGCUGGAUAAAGUUAGUGUUAACUAUGAAAAACCCUUAGUUAAACCCUCAAGACCUGUUGAAAUUGAAAAUUCUAAUAGCAAUGGAAAUAUUAAUGACGGAUUUCUUUGUGAAGAAACGAAAUCUAAAACUAACCUAUAACUAAGACAAGAACGCAGUUAUGUUUGUGAGGUUGUAGAGGUAACUCGGUAAUGGUGUCUGGAUCUACUUCAUUCUAUAAUAACAAGAAUACUUUUAUGACUUAGUUAUUUUUUUUACACUACACACACCCUUAUUAAAUAUAACACAACAGGCUUGGUUUUUUUAAUAUGAAACAUGAUUUGUGUUUAGAUUGAUCUGAUAUGUCAUUGAAUGAUUUUUAGUGUUUAGUUUAAGGGCUACUUAUUCAAUAUAACUUUAUGUAUUUUAUCACAAACCACAGUGUACGAUUCUGGAUGGCUCGAAGGACCAAAAUGUACGGUUGCUGGGUCAUCGGGGUGCUUUAAAUAAUAGAGGUUUCUUGUUUUACUCUAUAUUACCAGUCGCGUAUUACAAUAGAAUAUGAGUGAAAUAAUGCCGUGCUAAUUGCGAUAUACCUAUGUCUGGCUAUGCUCUCGGGGUGUAACUCCCAUGAUUUAGUUAAUUACUUUGAAACGCAUAACUAUAAUGUAGAAGAGAGUGCCUGCGCCUGGCUAUACUCUCGGGUCAUAACUCCAACGAUUUAGGAAAUCGUGAAGCUUAUAAGUGAUCAAAAUGUACACCAUGGCAUGUACAUACAUAGGAAUUCGUCACGAUUGUAAAAGAGCAAAAUGAUCCCAAUGUACGUGCCAAGGUCCGUAACCAUCACGCUUAUAAAACUAAGUAAGCCUGAGUGAGCAAAAUGUACAGCCUUGGCUCGUACACACAGUAUACAAUAUAUAUAUUGAUAUAUAUAAUUGCUUCAGCGAAAUGUCUGUAAUCGCCUUUUAAAGUGAUGAUUAUAUUGUCCAUAACCGAAUAUAAUAUUGACUAUUGACCGAUAAUGUAAUAUUGACGAAUACAAUCAAUAAAAUAAAUUGAAAAAAAACCAACCACCUUAA